AUGACGGUUCAAAACAUUUUGGAAUUGGUAUUCGAUGAUUACGGCGGCUGGGCGUUCCUCCAGCUAGGCCAGGGCCACCGAUACUUCCUCCAACAAAUGCAGCAACAGCAUCUCUUAACUAUACCGCAACAUCAACAGGCUAUCGAGUAUCCCCAAAAAGUAGCGACGCCAAUGAUGGGCCAGGCCCAAAGUCAGGACAUCAUAGAGCGCCAAAAGGGAGCCAAGAUUGCCGAUAAACAGCAAGCAUCGUCGGAUCUAGACAAACACGAGAGGUUUCUGGACAGGUUCAACGCGGAAAAUGAGCAUAACGAGAAAAUGAAGAACAGGUAUGCCGACGAGUUAGCACUCAAGGCAAGGGUGGAGCUAGAAGCUGAGAAGAAUAAAGCUAUUGAAAUGGAGAAAGAGAGCGCUCGUAAGCUCGAAGAGGCACGACAAAGACUUGAGAAGACUAGAAUCGAAAACGAGAGGAAAGAAGAUAUGCUAAUGCGCACGGAUGAAGCAGUGAGCAGGGCAGACGAACUACAGCAUCAAGCGCGUGAGAUGAUGCAGAAAGCAGAACAGGAGAAACGUGAUUCGGAAAGAAGAAUUGAAGAAAGGCGUCGGGAAGCAGCUGCGAAGAGGGCACAGGGCAGGCAGCCAUCGUACAAUGACUCCAAAAGUCGGACCAAUGAGUGGGAAAUAAGAAGUUUUAGCUAUGAGGACAUCCAGAUGCGCCGGGGUUCCACCGAUAGGACAUUCGAGAGAGGGUAUGGGGAGCGUGGGUUACUCGAGGGGAAAGAUAAACAGGAGGGUCACUGGCAUUUUGAUGAAGAUGACAUGCCAGAUGACAAUCACAGACAGCAAAAGCUACUAGAGAACACAGAAACCCAGGGGUCUGUUGCCACUCUACCAAAGCACAUCAUCUCUGACAGCGAUGACGAUGAUUCCGAUAGCGACGAAGAAAAGAGGCAAGAUCCAUACAAGCUUAUUGGUCUACCCGACAGAGAGCGAACACCGGUAAAAGAUAUUGAAACCACUCAAAGGGUACUGAACAGAAUCCAUCAGACUUCUGUUGACAAUGCUACCGAGGAAGCUACGAGGAAGCACGCAGAGAAACGUUUGGUCGAGAUAAAGUGGGCAGCGAACAUACUCUUGGACGACAUGAAUAAGAGAGCUUACGACGAGGACGGUUCCAUAUAUCCCCACGAACAAAAAAGCUGGAAGAAGAAGAAUGGUUUCGGCGGUGGUAGUGGUGAGAUGCUGAAGUGUAUAUUUGGUGACAAGCUGAAGUACUAG